AUGACGAUUCCAGCUUUCCCUAAAGCUGCUGCUACUCACCAGCACGGCGGCGCUGCGUCUUGUUCUGCUGCUGCUACUAGCAGCACCCCCAUCAGCGGCACUGGGCUCUUGGAUUUACCCCUCGACACCAUCUGCACCAUUCUCCACCGCUUGAAACCCAAAGAUCUCAUCGCCGCCUCGCUGACGUGUCGCACCCUGCACGGGCUCAUCGACCAGCCCAACACGUGGCUGACUCUCUGCCGGAAGUGGGAGGGCCAGCUGGCGCUCAGCGAGUGGCUCGUGCAUGCGAACUCGGCGAAAUGCCUGUUUCGCCUGUUACACACCUUGAGUCCUCUGGUGGGGGUGUGGGCCGCGGAAGAUCUCGCUCCCCGGGGCGGGCUGCUAUACGUCACAUGGGAGCGCAUGGCGGUUGUCGCUUAUCGAAUCAUCCCCGAUUGGCUUGACGGCAAUCUCAUCUCCGCGCGCCUCUUCACCAUCUCCGCCUUCCCCGACGGCACGACGCAGCUCAGCCUGGUCACGGGGAGGGGCGCGGACGACGAGUUUCCGCUCGAGCUCCCCGGCGUGCUCGUCUGGGAGUCCCCCGCGCGCGCCAAAUUCCACCUGCAGACGCUCCUCCCGCCGUCGUCCCGCUCCCCCGCGAGCUUCGCCGCAUCGCCUUUCGCCAAGGUUGCUGGUAACCGGGUGUCGUCGUCGCCACCGGCGGCGCCGCCGAAAGGGGUCGUCGCAGGGCCGUCGUCGCCGUCGUCGCCGUCGUCGGUACUAUCGUCGCUGUCGUCGCUGGGCGCUGCGGAGAGGCUCAAGGCGACGUUUCAGCGAGCUGGUCUGGCCCGAUUUGCCGCUACAGCCGGACCUCUCUCGUCGGUGCUCCCGACUGCUUCAGCUUCCUCUUCUACUACAUCCGUUACUCCUUCCGCUGCUCGCGCAGCCGUGCCUUCUUUACCCCCGCGUCCUCCCUCUAGCCGAUCAGCGGGCAGCAGUGGCCUCGUCUCAACCUUGCAGCAACAGCAACAGCAGCAGCAGCUUGAAGCGAGCCGCGCUACAGCAUCGAGUGGAAUUAGUCGACUUCAGCAACGAUUCGGCCAAUCGGGGCUCAGCAUCGGCGGCGCUAACCUCCUCAGAGUGGGAGCCGUUAGUCCCACGGGGAAGGAGGAACAAAGCUCGAAGCGCCUUCAGCUUCGCGCUCUGCAAUACCUGACCGGGUUGAAACAAGAUUCCGGAAGCUCUCCGUCGAAGGCAGCCGCGGCGGCGACUCCAUCCAAGCGUACUAGAUCCGAGUGUGACAGCAACGAGGCCUCGCCUGACGAAUCUAGAAGGAAACGGUCACGGACCUGCAGUGUCGACGUCGCAAGCACCAGCGGAACUACGGCGUUUUCUCCCCCGCAAGUGGCUUUUUCUGCUUCCAGCGGUUCUUCCGCGGGGGCUUCUGCCAUGGCUUCCGCCGCGGGGAGUUCCGCCUCGGCUGGGCCUUCCGCCAGCAGCGCGGAGUGGUCGCUGAAGCGGCGAGCGUUUGGCGCGCUUCAUUAUGCGGAUGAGACCCAAAGCCUUGGCGCACGUAUGGGGGCUGGCGGAGGGGCGUUCGCGGGAUUCGGCGGAAGCUCCAGCGGAAAGGUUGAUAUGCGCGGUUGUGGUGGGACUGUGUUCGGGCAGCUAAAAGGGAGCCAGCAACCGUCGGAAUGGUCCGACGGGCAGACGAAAAGGGUACCUGUACCGAAGUCCACCUAUCAUCGCGUGCCUGUUGCGGGAGAGAUUCAAACAAACAAAUCAGCGAGAGCAUGCGACACGGACACCUCCGGAACGGAUUUAUCCAGAUCUCGUUUGCCCCCGUGGGUGCGGGAUCUUGAGGGCCUCUGGACGGGUGUGUUCGGGCAGCAUGGGGUGGAAAUUCUCAACGUCGCGGUUGAGAGCGGUGAAAUUGUUGCAACGAAAAUCGUUGGAGAUCCCAAUGUUCCCGGAGGGCAUGUUUCGUUCAAGGCUCGGAUUGACUCGGUGCAGACUGCUGCUGACGAUAGUGACCGGUGGAAUGAAGUGGUGGGCCAGGCGAGGAGCCUGAUCCGGGCGCAAGGGCAAGCCGCGGAUCCUGCUUUGGGUCAACAGCUUCAGUUCUCUAACUUGUUGGAAGGGGAAGGGAGAAUAGCAGACUACAACUUCAAGAACCCUCAAUGGGUGAAUGGAACUUUGUUGGUUGACUCAGCUGGUCGGAUCUCUUUCCUAUGGGAGGAGUUGAACUUUCUUGUUCAAAUGAAAAGGCUACACGUGGAGGAGCUCCUCUUUAAUGCAUGA